UCACAAGACCAACCAUAGACAAUAGUUUUAUCACUUGUCUGCUGUCAUCAGGUGAUUUAGGUUUUGGGAGUGAAAAAAUCCUGAAUUGGGAUAAGACAGCAAUUAUUUCCUAAAUCAAAAUGUCUGGGAAAGAUAGAUUAGCCAUUUUCCCUUCUCGGGGUGCUCAGAUGUUGAUGAAGGGCCGUCUGGCUGGAGCACAGAAAGGUCAUGGUCUCCUGAAGAAGAAGGCUGACGCCCUCCAAGUGAGGUUCCGUCUGAUUCUCAGCAAAAUCAUCGAGACAAAAACCCUUAUGGGUGAAGUGAUGAAGGAGGCUGCGUUUUCUCUCGCCGAAGCCAAGUUCACUACCGGUGACUUCAACCAAGUGGUCCUGCAGAAUGUCACCAAGGCUCAGAUCAAGAUCCGCUCCAAGAAAGACAAUGUUGCUGGUGUCACUCUCCCCAUCUUCGAGUCUUACCAAGAUGGCUCCGACACGUACGAGCUGGCGGGUCUGGCCCGCGGUGGUCAGCAGUUGGCCAAGUUGAAGAAGAACUUCCAGAGCGCUGUCAAGCUUUUGGUAGAGUUGGCGUCGCUGCAGACGUCGUUCGUGACCCUCGACGAGGUCAUCAAGAUCACAAACAGACGUGUCAACGCUAUUGAGCAUGUUAUCAUUCCCCGACUGGAGCGUACAUUGGCCUACAUCAUCUCUGAGCUGGAUGAGCUCGAGCGUGAGGAGUUCUACCGGCUGAAGAAGAUCCAGGAUAAGAAGAAGAUCAUCAAGGACAAAGCAGAGGCGAAAAAAGCGGCGCUGCGUGCCGCCGGGCAAGACUUGCGCGACAGCGCCAACUUGCUGGACGAAGGAGACGAAGACCUUCUGUUCUAAAUGCAGCCCGAGUAGACACCCCUCUUACACUUAGCCUGUUGUUAGUAGAUGUGCAGUCAAGUGCUCCUUGGAACCAAUGUUGGACACAGUAUUACAAACAUGUGGAUAUUUAAAGGCUGGACCUUGAUGUCUACAAGGUUCCAGUGUUGCCAUAUUUGUUUUUGAGUUGGAGAACUGAUCGCCAAGUGUUCGAAUUGAAAAUUGUUAAGUGAUUAUCUCCUGUCAAUGUUGGUACAAUUAAUAUAGUUACAGUAUUUUUACCAAACUUGACUGCACAAAAAUAUGAUAUUACAGUGUUCAUUGCGUUGUAUAUACUGUAUUGUUGCCGCUGUUGAAUAUUUACACAAAAUUAUAUCUUAUUACACAGUAGAUCGGUCUAAAAUUCAACGGCAGGUAAUCGCUAAGUACAUCGGUGUGAAGUGAGCUGCAAGAGGAUAUACUAAUAAACGUUAAAAUUUUUGAAAUACAGGCUUAGAUUAAACGGUCUUCAUACCUUCUAUGUAAUGGCUUUGAAAUAUAGAAUUUAAUAACUAUUUUGGGAUAGUUAAGAAAAAUAUAUUUAUAGAUUAAAAAUGUUGCCAUGUUGAAAGAUGGCGGCAUGUUGUUAUGUGGCUAACUUCACUUCGAUAGUUCGAUUUUUAGAAAUUGUUUUACGUAAGCAUUCCACGUACCAAGUUUUAAUACGUCAGCUUCGAAAACGUGUAUGUAGCAUAACAUCAGUUAAGUACAUCUAUUAAAUAUUUAAUGGUUUAUUUGUUGUUUGAUGACUAAAAUGUAUUUAAGUAAGCAAUCGUGUAAAUACAAGUUUGUGAAGCGAAAUAUUAAAAUAUUAUUAUUGAAUG